AUGCCUUUAAAUUAUUAUAAACUCUGUAAAUUUAAAGCUGAAAUCAAAUUUCAACCAGCUUUAAGCCAUUUUAGUGACCAAUCUGUUUAGAUUGAUGAAUAUUUAGAGGACUUAAAGAAAUAUUCUUUGAAGAAAUAGAACAAACAAAGGGAAAAUUAAGAAAAGUUGAAAUUUAAAGAUUAGGUUAUGGAAAACCUUGAAAUCUUGCUGAGCCUAGAUUACUGGAGAGGAUAACGAUUUGGAGAAUAAAGGCUACCAAAGUAGAAUAUACGAGAUCAAGAAACUCAAAUCUGUGGCUUUGAUAUUGAAACUUGCUUUUCUAAAAAACUUCAUUUUAACAAAUUUUUUCCAUUAAAAAAAGUUUUAUUAGAACAACCAGAUAAUAUCAAUAGGGACAUUAGGAUUAGUCAAUUUUCAUUUGCUUCCUUUGUACAAUUUCAGAAAUGCCAACUCUUUUGGCAGAAAAAAAAUCAAACUUUCUAUUGUGUAGAACAAUAGAAGACAAAAAAAUAAUAUUCUUAAGUAUAAUUUACAUUCAUAAAUUUCAUAGAUGAUUAUCUAGAAUAAAUUGAGAUUUGAAACAAGAUUUACAGUUCAUUUGAUUUUAUUGAGUAGAAUUCUCAACUGA